AUGGCAGCCGCCGCUCCUCCACCACCUCCAACCGCAGCACCAGAACCAAACAUGGUUCCUCCACUAAUUACACCCAUCGGUUUCCCCGUGUUCUCCCGGAUCCGUCUCGCAACACCGUCCGAUGUACCAUUCAUCCACAAACUAAUCCACCAAAUGGCCGUAUUCGAACGGCUCACACAUCUCUUUUCCGCAACAGAAUCAAAUCUCGCCUCCACUCUCUUCAAUUCCCGUCCUUUCCAAUCCUUCACCGUCUUCCUCCUCGAAGUCUCCCGUUCUCCAUUCCCAACCGCCGUCGAUUCUCCAGAUUUCACUCCGUUUCUCAAAACCCAUAACCUCGAUCUACCGAUUGAAGAUCCGGAGAGUUACAAUUUCACUCCGGAUAUGUUGAACGAUGUUGUGGUUGCUGGGUUUGUUCUGUUUUUCCCUAAUUACUCGAGCUUUUUAGCGAAACCUGGGUUUUACAUUGAGGAUAUAUUCGUUAGAGAGCCUUACAGGAGGAAAGGUUUUGGGAGUAUGUUGUUGACUGCUGUGGCGAAACAAGCUGUGAAGAUGGGUUAUGGGAGAGUUGAAUGGGUUGUUCUAGAUUGGAAUGUGAAUGCUAUCAAGUUUUAUGAGCAAAUGGGUGCUGAGAUUUUGCAGGAAUGGAGAGUUUGUAGGCUUACUGGUGAUGCACUUGAAGCUUUUGAUCAGGUAAACAUCUAA